AUGAAAUCGCAGUCGGCGUUAGCGCGCUGGAAGUGCCGACUUGCUGACGGCAAACUGGGCGAGGAGCUCCGCGGCCCCCGAAAGGUCUUGCGGCAGCGCCCUGGCGCCUCUAGCGCGCUCGCGGACAGCAGGGACACGUUUUGUCCCUGGGGCCGCCUGGAAGCUGAGCGGGCAGCGGCUUGUGCCGUGGUUGCCGUUGUUUGGGGGGUGGAGGGGGGCGGUAAUGUGGGGAUUUUGGCAGGGUCGGUGGCAAAGCGGUUUGCGGAAAAGGCAAAGCUUCUAAGAAGUCAGCCUGCGCAAAUUGUGGAACCCAGAGGUCUUCUGUACAUCCAGCAGAGAGAAUUUGCUGUGACUACCCCUAAAGAUGGUUCUGUUUCCAUUCUUGGCUCAGAUGAUGCAACUACCUGCCAUUUGGUUGUACUCCGACACACAGGUAGUGGAGCUACCUGCUUGACACACUGCGAUGGAUCAGACACAGAAGCUGAGGUGUCACUCAUCAUGAGUUCAGUAAAAUCUCUCUCUAACACCACAGAAUAUGGCAGGCUGGAAGUGCACCUAGUUGGAGGUUUCAAUGAUGAUAGGCAGUUAUCACAAAAACUUACUAAUCAGCUUCUUAGAGCAUUUGAUCUCCAACCAGAUGAUGUUCAUUUAGUGACUUUCUGCGUCACAGAACUAAAUGACAGAGAAGAAAAGGAUACUCACUUUCCAAUCAUUUAUGGAAUAGCUGUGAAUGUUAAAACAGCAGAGAUUUUCCCUGCAACUUUCCCAGAGAAAGGGCCAGAUGAGGAUUUGCGUUCAGCCCACAUCUUAACCGGAGCGGCACUGACUAACAUUUAUGAUGCAAAGAUGGAACAACUGCAUAUUGGACCUUAUUUUUGGAGGCCUUUCCCACACGUAGACUUCUGGUUGGAACAAGAUGAUAAACAGAUCUUACAGAACCUUUCCACAUCGCCACUGGCCGAGCCACCACACUUUGUUUCCCACAUUAGAGCUACAUUAACGUUUUUAAAAGAACACCCCUUUCCAUCUCAUUCCCUAUUUCCUGAUAGGAAACCUCGCAUCUACAAAAAAAAUGAAGAAGGGUUGUGGGAACAGGUUUGUUCUGACAAGAUCUAACCUGGAGAUAAACACCAGCUGUUUUAGGGAAGUGUAGCCUUGCCAGAAGAAAAGUAACUUGGUGGGAAGAAAAAAAAAAUUUCUGGUAAAAAUACAGCUUUUCAAAAUAAAAUAUUUUGGCAGAAGCAUUUGCCUCUUUCUGCACUACUUACCUGUCUGAAUUACUACAACUGCAUGAGGUGUCCCUGUUUUACUUUGGUGCUAGCAAGGUCUCCCCAGAUCUUGAAAUAUUUUGAAAUCUAGCCUGAUAAUUAACUUUUAUUUGCUGUUUUUAACCAUUUUCUCUUCCACAACUAGCUGUUGAUAUAUAGUGAUUUUUGGGAUUAAUUCAAGACAAAUGUCUCUCAAAAUCCAGAGGGUCAGCCUUAAUGAAUUAUAUUAAAUCUACAGCUGUCCUGACCAGGCUAUCUUCAGUUGGUAUAUCCAGGCACAGUAAGACACGGGACUGUAUGUCACAGUUUUACUAAACAAUAGAAUUCUUAAAUAGUAGGUAAGUUCUGAAAAUAAACUUUUUGGAGGAAAAAAAAGUAGUAGUAUAUUUCCUUUUCAUUGUUCUUAAGGUCUAGGGUCAGUCACACCAGUGCCAAGACAUUCAUGAGCUGUAAGUUGUUCUUUAUGAUUGCUUAGUAAUUUGUCUAGCUUAACAUAGUCUUAUAAUUAGUCCAGUUUUCAAAAAAAAUCUGUUUUACAUUGAACGGUUGUAAGAGAUAGUAGACGUAAGUCUCUCUCUCCAACCCUGUGUUUUAUAUUUGUAUUUGUCCAUGCUGGUCAGUAGCAUCACCUUGACUCUCAGUGAAUCCCCAACUGCUACGUCAUCCUCUCCGAGAAAAUCACUGCCAUUUAUAAAUGGUGUCUUCGUAGCAGGCAUAGCUCAGUAUUGUAACAUGCCUUCAUGGUGGCUGUUUGGUUGUGUUUCUGUUGCUCUAAUACAAUAAUUGGCUUAGCAUAGAUCAAGAGAGGUAGCAGUGAUGAGAAACUGAAGGUUGAAGUCGUUAUGCUGAUUUUUUUUUUCCCUUUCCUUUUAGAAUUUUCCACACAAAGCAAAGAAAAAAAAGUUGCCUACACUUAACAUUUACUGAGAUUUAGUGAAACUUUCUUCAACAGUAAUUUAAUUCAAGAGUAGUAAUUUGAAGAAUCUUUAUUGAAACAUUCAGGUAGUAUCUAAAGAAUGAAGCUCAUUCCAACAAAACUACUGGUUUAACAAUUCCAAAUAUAAAAACAUUAAAAAUUAAUCCUUAUGGUGAUAACUUUAUCCCCAACAGAUUACGCAUAUUAAUAUACUUCAUUGCACCAAAAGAAACUGAUAAGGAAGACCAGUCAACUUCAUUGUUUUUGCACUUCUUCUUUAUAAAAAUUGCACUCUGAUUAACAUAAAUUACCCCAAUAGCAAAAUUAAGCUUGCUUAUACCUUCCCAGCCCCCCAGAAUCUAGAAACUGAAAGUCAAGACAGGUGACAGUACAAUUUAAAAAAAAAAAAAAAAAUUUCAGAUUAGCCAAGUAAGUCCUGCUAUCAUUACAGCUAUUAUGGUGUUGAUUUACAUAUUUUGGAGGGAUUAAAACAAAAAAAAACAACUGCACAACAACAACAGAGCAGGCUACAGGCCUGUUUUCGGUUCUGCAAGGGGUAGGACUUAGGAUUUUUCCCAAAAAUCAGAUGCAUUGGAGAAAGCAAGCUUUUCCUAAGAUUUCCUUACCAGAAGGGACUAUUGCGAGCUCUGAAAACUUGCAGCAAAGUGACCAAGAGGAAGAUAAUUAAUUUAGUGAGGAAAAAAGACAGACUUUUACACGUUAGUUGUUUCUGAUUUAGUCAAAGAUUAGCUUGUAUAUUAAACAGUCCUAGAGAUGAUAUGAACUUGUGCUGUAGUGUAAAUAACCUAUAUAAUUUUUUUUUUUAAAUCUGUACAAGUCCUACCAUAGGUAAGUUACUAUUGUUCAAAAAUAAGUGUUGAACCAUCACAAAUGUAUUGUUUUUUUUCCCCAAGCUUUACUAACAAGUAUCUUUAAAAAUACACAACAGAAAAAAAAGUUCCAGUUACACUAUAUAACUGUGUUCAAUACGAUUUGGUUUAUAAAUGGCGUGCAAAGGAAAAAUAAUGGUGUACUGAUGAUUCCUUUCAAUGGUAGAAGCAAGAAGCCAUUUAGGCAUGCAGAGGCACUAUUUCUUUCUAAAAGGCUUACAACUCAGUAACUUAGUUCCCCACUGUAUCUAGGACCCUAGCUGAAUGGGUCAAUUCAUACAACAGAAAGGAGGGGGAAAAAAAAAAAAA